AUGCGGGUCCACAAUGGGAUUGAGGAAGAGUUUGAAGUCAACAUCGAGUAUAUGGAGGUGGACCAAAAAUGGUUUCAGAAAAUAAUGCUUCCUGGAGAAUGGCUUAGUGACUCGCAUAUUGAUGUCAUUUUAUACUUUUUUCGGAAAAGGAGGAUAGCAAACCCCGAUGUAUUUACACAAAAAUUCACCACUACUGACACAUUAUUUUGGCAAAAAGUGAAUGGUUGUUGGAGGAUGAAUCAAAAGGCAUGGAACAAAUACAUUUUACCGAAAGAUGACAUCCUCAUCGAUUAUGCCAUGGGUCUUUAUCCUAGGCCUUCUUUGAAAUGGUCUGAGGUUGAUGUUAUAUAUGUUCCUAUUAAUCUAAGGAACACACAUUGGGUAUUGGGAGUUGUCCACCUUCGUAGUAGGAAAAUUUACAUUUAUGACUCCUUAAAGUCAAUUAACAAACCCAAUGGAUUGAAAACACUCAUCACACCAUUAGCAAUGUUGUUACCACGUAUCUUAAGUGCUAUAAAAUACUAUGAGGAGAAUGGUGACCCCAAGGGUGAUAAAGGGUGGGACAUUGAGAUAUUGAACAACAUUCCACAACAAACAAAGGAUGGUUAUUGUGGAAUGUUUUUGAUCAAAUUUGUGGAAUACCUAUUGCACAACCAUCCAAUGGAUACACUAACAGGCGAGCGGAUGGAUUGGUUUCGUGAGAAAAUGGCAGUGGAGUUAUUUUUCCAUAAAGGACUUCCUAUGUGAUCCCACCACUAUAAAUGGAUUGUAAAUGGAUAGUGGAAGAUGUUUCUAUGUAAUGAAAUUGAAGUUUUUUGUUUGGAAUAUUUCUUUAUUGUGACACUUAUUUAAAUUGUAAAGACAUUUAAGUUUUUUGUUUAGCA